AUGGCUCAAAAGACUGCUAUUCUAUCUGUCUACGAUAAGACAGGUUUACUUGACCUAGCUAAAGGUCUAACCGAAAACAAUGUUCGUAUCCUAGCAUCCGGUGGAACAGCCCGCAUGAUCCGUGAACUUGGUCUUCCUGUUGAAGAUGUCUCUUCUAUUACUCAUGCUCCAGAAAUUUUAGGUGGUAGAGUCAAAACUUUACAUCCAGCUGUCCAUGGUGGUAUCCUUGCAAGAAAUAUCGAAUCUGAUUUGGCUGAUUUGACCAACCAACAUAUUGACAUGGUUGAUUAUGUCGUUUGUAAUUUAUAUCCAUUCCAAGAAACUGUAGCAAAGAUUGGUAUUACCAUUCCAGAAGCUGUUGAAGAGAUUGAUAUCGGUGGUGUAACCCUUUUGAGAGCUGCGGCUAAAAAUCACUCUAGAGUCACUAUCUUAUCUGAUCCAAAUGAUUACGCAGCUUUCUUGGAAGAAUUGACUGGUAAUCAACAAAAUGAAAUCUCUAGUGAUUUUAGAAAUAAAUUGGCCUUGAAGGCAUUUGAACAUACUGCUACUUAUGAUUCUGCAAUCUCCGAUUUCUUUAGAAAACAAUACUCUGAAGGUAAAGAAAUGCUACCUUUACGUUAUGGUGCUAACCCACAUCAAAAACCUGCACAAGCAUUUGUCACUGAGAAAGAUAGUUUACCAUUUCAAGUUCUUUCAGGUUCUCCAGGGUACAUUAACUUACUAGAUGCUCUAAAUUCCUGGCCAUUAGUAAAAGAAUUAUCUGCCUCUUUGAACCUACCUGCAGCUGCUUCUUUUAAGCAUGUCUCUCCAGCGGGUGCUGCUGUUGGUAUCGCUUUAACAGAUAUCGAGAAGAAAGUCUAUUUUGUCAACGACAUUGAAAACUUAUCUCCAUUGGCUUGUGCGUAUGCUAGAGCUCGUGGUGCCGAUAGAAUGUCUUCCUUCGGUGAUUGGAUUGCUUUAUCAAACAUUGUCGAUGUUCCAACAGCUAAAAUAAUUUCUAAGGAAGUCUCAGAUGGUAUUAUUGCUCCAGGUUAUGAACCAGAGGCUCUAGAUAUCUUGAAGAAGAAAAAGAAAGGUAAAUACUGUGUCCUACAAAUAGAUCCAAACUACACUCCAGAAGGAUCUGAAUCCAGACAAGUUUAUGGGAUCACUUUACAACAAAAGAGAAAUGAUGCAAUUAUUAAUCAAUCUACUUUCAGAGAUAUUGUAUCUAACAACAAGGAUCUGACUGAACAGGCAUCUAUCGAUUUAACUGUGGCUACUAUUGCUUUGAAAUACACACAAUCUAACUCUGUUUGUUAUGCUAAAAACGGUAUGGUUAUCGGUCUAGGUGCUGGUCAACAAUCUAGAAUACAUUGUACAAGAUUAGCCGGUGACAAAGCCGACAACUGGUGGUUUAGACAACAUCCAAACGUUUUAGCUUUCAAAUGGGCCAAGGGUGUCAAGAAACCAGAAAAAUCAAAUGCUAUUGACUUAUAUGUUACUGGUCAAAUUCCAACUGAAGAACCAGAAAAAUCAGAAUAUGAAUCUAAGUUUGAAACACUUCCAACUCCUCUAACUGAACAAGAUAGAACCGAAUGGUCGAACAACUUAAACAACGUUGCACUAUCAUCUGAUGCUUUCUUCCCAUUCCCAGAUAACGUAUACAGAGCUGUUAAAUCUGGUGUCAAGUUCAUUGCUGCCCCAUCUGGAUCUGUAAUGGAUAAAGCCGUGUUUGCAGCUGCUGAUGCUAACGACUUGGUUUACGUUGAAAACCCAAUCCGUUUAUUCCAUCAUUGA